CGGAAGUAAGUAAGGUCUAAGGUUACAGCCGGUGGUGUGAUGUCGGUCUAGUCUGAGUCUCGCUGGCCUACUUUAUCCCGAAAAUCGGGAAUUCGGCACAUUUCCACCCUUCCCAUCCACAGAUCUAGAUUCUUUUAACCGAGGAGUGUCUCUAGAUUCAGCAUGGAGAAAAUUGAUGAGCUCCCUUCCCCGUCCGAGUCGCUACAGAGGUCGCGAUUCAGGAAGCAACGAAGCAAAUCUGAUUAUUUGCGUGCCAGGUCUCUGCAUGGCCCCAGUCCCACAACAACGUUUGGGCCGAAGGCCUGUAUUCAGAAGAACCCAGCCUCCAUCAUGCAUGUGCAGGAUCCCCUGUCCCAGCGCCUGACCUGGAACAAACCCCCGCUCAGUGUUCUCAUCAUCAAGAAGAUCCAUGAGAGCUCCGUGGUGCAGCCCUUCAUGGACCUGGUCACAUGGCUGGUUCAGGAGAAAAGAAUGGUGGUGUACGUAGAAGUCUCUACCCUGGAGGAUGAAAUGAUCGCAGAUGACUCUGGUUUCCAACCCAUCAAGCAAAAACUCAACACAUUCAAAGAAGGUACUGAGGACCUGUCUGGUAGAAUAGACUUCAUCAUUUGUCUGGGAGGAGAUGGCACACUCCUGUGGGCCUCUUCACUGUUCCAGGGCAGUGUUCCUCCUGUGAUGGCAUUCCACAUGGGUUCCCUGGGCUUUCUCACACCUUUCGAGUUUGACAACUUUAAAUCACAGGUCAACCAUGUUCUAGAAGGUCACGCAGCUCUAACCCUGAGGAGUAGGUUGAAGACUGUUAUAACAGAUGCUGAAUGUGACUCCCACAUCAACAGUAUAGAGAAACCAAAGAAAAUCCAGGUGCUAAAUGAAGUAGUGAUCGACAGAGGCCCCUCCCCCUACCUGUGCCACCUGGACCUGUAUGUGGAAGGGAGGCAUGUCACAUCAGUGCAGGGUGACGGUCUGAUAGUGUCCACCCCCACCGGUAGCACGGCCUACGCUGUGGCCGCGGGAGCGUCCAUGGUUCACCCCAACGUGCCGGCCAUCCUGGUCACACCCAUCUGUCCACAUUCCCUCUCCUUCAGACCAAUCGUGGUGCCCGCUGGUGUGGAGAUUAAGGUCAUGGUGUCUCCUGAGUCCAGAGGUGCCGCCUGGGUUUCCCUGGACGGCAGAAACAGACAGGAGAUCAAAGUGGGAGACAGCGUAAGAAUCACCACGUCCGAGUUUCCGAUUCCGUCAAUUUGCAAGAUGGAUCAGAUCAGCGACUGGUUCGACAGCCUGGCAGAGUGCCUCCACUGGAACGUCAGGAGACCGCAGCGAGCGUUUAACAACAACAACGGGGCGAACGGGAGAGUCAAGGACGACAGCGACUGUAGCAUAGAGGCCUAGCUGUACAUACAGUUUCUUAUGAACAGGAGAUCAGUAUUGUGGUGCCUGACUGUAUGGGAGGGACAUUUUUACUGUGUGUAAGAGAUUAUAUUCUGUGGUAAAGUAUGAAAGACAAAAGAUGGUAAUGAAGCCAGUUGUGGGUUUUGCAUGUGUCAGUGUGAAUCCUUAGGGGCACAAAUACGAUUUUCCUUUUUUAUAAUUCUUUUAGUGCAAGCAAUUUGGCUGCAAAAAAAUGUUGAUUUGAUGGUAAAAUGAAUACAUUGAAAUUGGCAAGAGUCCCUUGUGUAAUGCCCUUCAUGUAUUCCUACAUGUAUAUACCCCCCUUUCAGGAUUCAUAUUGAUAGAUGUAUAUACAUAACAGAAACUUACACUGUAAGUUACAGGAUUGACUAAAACUUGACACUGUGACUGCACAAUUCCGGCUUAGGGGUACUUUACAGAAGAGUACCCAGUUUUCUUCAGGGCCUAGGGAGGGACCAGGAGCAUGUGAGAGAGUGGCUUGUGGAAUAAUGUACAAAAUCUUCAAAAUGCUGCACUUUAAUUAAGUGUAAUUGUAUAUAUGAAAACUUUCUAAUACUGUUUUUCUCCAAUAAGUCUACAAUUCAUUCUCAACCUGCCUGGCCUCCCUUUUAGUAAAAGAUAAAGUCUUUAGUUGUGGAAAAUGUAUACUGUAAACGGUAGAUGUCUACUAAGUUUUGUAACUACAUGUACAAUGACCAUUCUAGCUGGCUGAAUUACUAGAAGUAAUAUGUAUAGUAAGAGUGUGGAUGAUGUAAAGUAAGUGAACAGCCAUAGAGGAACCUUUGUAUUUACUAUUAGUGCAAUCGUAAUACUUAACGAACUUUUAAAAAACUUGUUUUAUCUGUUUAGGGGAAUUGAUAAAAGAUGGAUGCCCAUUCCAGUAAAUAGAGAUCUCAUUCCAUAUCCAUUCAUGGGAACAUUAUUGUACACAAAUUUUGUGUUACUUUUGUUUUUUUCCAUAGUACAAAAAUGUACAUGUACAUUGUUCUCUCUAUGCACUAGAAUGUUUGCUUGUGAAUUUGAUAAUGCUGUAAACCAUAUGCAAAACUGGAUUGAGUAGAAAACUGAGGACAGCAUGGCAGAAUAAGAUAGCACAUCACUGCACUUUUCUACCUUGAAUCUGCAAAAGGCAUAUCAUAGCAUUUUUUUCACUGGAAUCAUGACAUUUUGACUGAAAUUAGCAUAGAAUGGGCAACAUGUGUGUUUUAUUUCGACGAUUUUAUGUGAAUUGGUUCUGAACUGCUAUGCACCAAUUACAGGCAGUAUUACAGAAAUUAAGCUUUUUUGUCAAGGGAUUGGGAGUUACAUGUAAGUGUGUCAAAAGGUAAUGCUUGCUUGAAAUAUAACUUCCCACAAAAUGACUGGGAAAUGCAGUAAUAUACAUGUAAAUGUGAUGCCAGGAUGGUUUAUUUCUGAUAUCAAAGAGGGCUCCUCCAAUGUUGAAGGGAGGUGUAAAUAUACUGUACAGGGUACAACUAGUGAGUAGAAAUGCAACCUACUUGCAGCAUUGAUACAUUUUUUUGUCAAGUUUUCGUAUUACCAAUAUGAACCCACCAUAAACCAUUGAAGCAUGAG